AUGGAGCUCAUUACAGCUGACGACGACUUACUGUCGUGCAUGUUGGUCGACUCGCUCGAGUUUGAUCCAGACAUUGUCACACACAAGAUGAAUCCUGCUUUUCGACCCAUGCGAUUCGAUCGUUCUGCUGUUUGCCGCAUGAUCCAGCAGUUUGUUAUAUGGGAGCAGGAUCCAUCGAAAGCAGUCGCAAGCUUGUGCCAGUACGUGCGUGCAACGAUGGGACAACACUGA